CUCAGCCCCGAAGCUAGAAUGGCCAACGUCAAGGAAGUCCAGCGCAUCAUUGACAACAACAAUGUUGUCGUCUUCUCCAAGACCUGGUGCCCACACUGCAAAGCCACCAAGCAGACCCUCAACGACCUCAAGGCCCAAUACGAAGUCGUCGAGCUAGACAACCGAAACGACGGUGACGAGCUCCAAGACGCCCUCCUCGAAAUCAGCGGCCAGCGCUCCGUCCCCAACAUCUUCUUCGGCAAGAAGCACGUCGGCGGCAACUCGGACCUGCAGGAGCUUGUCAAGAGCGGCCAGCUCAAGGCGCGUCUCCAGGAGGUUGGUGCACUUGCGUAA